AUGGAACCGUAUGUUAGAGGGAAGCUGUCUUUUGAGGACCCACAAAUUGAGAAGAAUCGGCAUGGCGUUACGCCAAGAAUGUUGGAGGCAUGGUUUUCCACUUUUUUUGUCUAUGAUUACCUUACUUUAAAACUGGAAUCAAUCUACAACGGCCAUCCACGGACGGUUCCUCGAUUAUACAGUAAAGAAUGGAAUAUACAUUAUUCUAAGCUCUGUCCAGAUGACAGGAAACGAGAAGAUAAUGAUAAUGACGACGGCGAUGAGAAACGCUCAAGAAAACGUAUGCAACGACUUGACAAACCAGAAAAGCAGAAAAAAAUGAAGUUUAGCCGUGAUCGAGAUUAG